CAAAAAAUUUCCCCCCAAAACCCAUUUUCCCUCCACCUCCACCCAACUUCUCUCUCCACCGGCGCCGGCGCCGGCUCCGGUGUCCCACUGAAACCGGCGAAGUCGUCUGCUCUCCCCCACCGUCGACCGAGCCCAGAGAGAGAGACACGAUCGUCUUCCCCCCCCCCCAAAAAAUUUCCCCCCAAAACCCAUUUUCCCUCCACGGCUCCACCCCAUUCUCCCUCCACCGAAAACUCUCUCCACCGGCGCCGUGAUCUCCUCUCCCCCACCGUCGACCGACCCCUUUCCUUUCUCCAUUUUUCCUCCCCAACCCCUUUUCUCCACCGUGCGUCCUCUCCUCUCCCCACCGUCACCGCCGCCGACGACCACCUCCACUGCCCUCCAUCAGCUCCGGCCGGAACCCAUUCCCACGAGAGGCAGCUUUUCAGCUCUUCUCCCAAAACCCUAAUUUUUCUGAAACCCAAAAUGCUCCCCACUCCGACAUCUUCAUCACUGCCUACGACUACUACCUCCACUACCACAAUGGAACCAACAAUGGGCUCCACAAACGCCUGGAAUGCCACCGACACAGUUCGUUUUGCAAGCCGCAGCUCGACAGAUACGGCCCCGCGUCCACCUGCUGCUACCCCCAGUCGUGGCCAAUCCCCUUCGGUCACUCCUCCAUCAGUUGCUGCCCCAAAUUGUGAGACAAUGGGCAACCGUGACGCAGAAAGAUUUCACAACAUGGUGGAUAUGUUUCUUCCAAUAGCAAAGGCUGCAGCAUUAAGCCAUGAGCGUUGCAUGGAGGUCAUACAUGGUUUGGACAUGUUAAUGCUGAAACACAGAGCCUCAAGCGAAUCCAGUCAACCUUCCUUUCACUGCAAAUGUGCUACAUUCUUUACACGUAAUGAAGGUAGUGUGGCAACUCAAAGGAAGGUGCGACUAUCAAAAAGGAAGGUGCUUAUAGCUAAAAGGAUUGUGGAACAAGCAAAAAAGAAACAACGGAAUAAAUUCCUUGCGAAACAGAAGAGAAGAAAAAAUCAGGCCUGUGAAUCAAUAGAAGAAGAAGGAAUGAAUACAAGUGAAGUUCCAUUGAAUUCGACAACUUGUAUUCAUCACGGUCGGGAAAUUGGAACUGAAGAUAGUGUAAUGGCUCAGGGUUCACAAGAAAUCACAAAGCUUAUUGCAGCUGGGACGGAGAAGUUGGCAUUAGCACCUGAUGGUGGUGGCACUUUUGAUUGUGCUACAAGUUUCAACCUCUUCAACUAGGCGAUUGAACAUGCUGUUUUGUUUCUUUUUGAAAGCACUACUCUUUUUUGUUCAACUAGUGCUUUUAGUAGAUGAUACUACCUUUUGAGUAUGUAGUUGUCUAAUGGUAGUGUACAGUUUUUGUAGUAUCAAUUAGUUGGAAUGGUGUAUAGUUUUUGUAAGUAUGGAAUAGUUGGAAUGGUGUAUGGUUUUUGUAAGUACUGAACUUGUGGAAUGAUUUUUGUAUGGUUUUAUUAAGCGUUGAAAAGAUGGACGCCACUUUCGACUACAAGAGGGAUCUCAUGAAUGAUGGAACAUGUUGGAAGGUCUUGGAGCUUGGGGGUAGUGUUGUUGAAAGGGUGAUGAAUGAAGAUUGAUGGGUUUUUGCAGUUUUGGGGUUUGAAUUUGAUUUUAGCAGGAUGUCAUUGUGGCUGACCCAUCGUCAAAAGUUGUUCUUUUCUUUCUUUUGGUGACGUUAAAAAAGGACUAGGGAAAUCAUUGGCUUCUCCUCUCUUGACCUUUGGUUCUGCAACACCCUUCUGCUUUUCCCGCUCAUUUUUCGCCGCGAAUUCACAAAUUAGCAGCCCAAUUUCCGUGCCCUCUCAAUGCAAGAUAGUCUCCAUUAGUGUGGAUCUUAGUUCCGCUAAGGCCUGUGAACUUGGACUGUUCAAUUAUAAAGCCAAGCAUGUGUUUUACCCCCUUGAGAGAAGUAAGUUUUGGUGUCGUUAUGACUACUAUUGGGCUUCAAUAUUCAAGGUUGAUGUGCAGCAUGUGCUUAUGUGUUGAUUGUUGUGGGGCUUUACUCAGUGCUAUGGGGAAAGCACAAAGAGAGCAUGGAGAAUAAAGAAGAGAAGAUAUCGGAUGCUAUAAAGGGUGCUCAAGUAUGCAGUUUCAGGAAUCAAAGAUAUUUGUAGAAUGAGUUUUCUUUGUAGAUUCUGGAUAAUGGUCCAUGGAAUUACAACUUCUUUAGUAUGAAGUAUGGGGUGAAGCUGGGUACAACAAUACUAGUGUUGAUAAAAUGAUGUUAAGAAUUGAGCCUUUUCAUAUAGCUUUCGGAGCAAAAAAAUUUAGAAAUUCUACCAUUCCAUAAAUUUGUGUAGUGUAUACAUUUUGAACCUUCCCUCACUUCUAAUCGAUUUGUUGCAUAUUGCUUUUA